AUGACUACGCAGGAAAAUGAACUUUUCCGCCAGCUCGCAGCAAAGACCAAACUGUCAUUGGCGACAAAAGUACUCGGCGCCGUGGUAACCGGCUCCGAGACUCGGCCGGCGGUAGCUUGGCAGCCACGGCCCACUCGCUCCCGCAGCUCCACAGUUGACAUCUGCCCCGUUGCUCGUCUUUUCUUCAACGGUUUCACAAAGCUCGUGAGAAGUUCGGAACACCUGAACGUUUCGGAGCCGGCCGUGGCCUAA